GAGCUGACGCUGGGGGCCGUAUACGGCUGACGGCAAGUUUCACUGUGUUGGCUGGAAUGUACUCGUUUUUGUUGGCUCCCCGUGAAUUUAGUCAUCAAAAUAACUCAUGUGUCGGUGCCGCACAGGUUCAAAGUUAACGCGAGCUUAUGUAGGCGCGCGUCACGGUCGCCGGACGUCCACGCCGAUAAAAACAUGAACUGGCUGCGCCCGCGCUACAUCAUAGCCGUGUUCCUAUUCUCAGAGGUGGUUCUCGGCAGCGGCGUACUCGUUCAAGACCGCUCGACAAAUGCACUCACGAGCGACAAGGAUGCAUCGGAUCCCGCGCAAGGCAGUGCGCCUACGGCCGACGACAAAGGGAGCACAGCAACGUGUGAGAAAGUAAACGCAUGCGACGACCUGCUGGGUUAUGAAGCAAUUCGAGCCCUGCAUCAACAGCUGGAUGAUGAUGACAAUGGAAGCGUUGACAUCGCUGAGACAGAUGAGUUUCUUAGAGACGAGCUGCAGUACGAGAACGGCUAUGAGCGGCAGAAGAAAUUUCACGGCAAUGACAAGUACAUUUCCCUCGAAGAAUUAUGGCAAUCCUGGCAGGUCUCUGAAGUCCACAAUUGGACGGUGGAAGAGACGAUCGAGUGGCUGGUUAGCUGUGUCGAGCUGCCGCAGUAUUCAAAGACCUUCGAAGAAAAUGCAGUGGAUGGCUCAACUCUGCCCAGAAUGGCCGUGGCCAACAACAACUACCUGAGCAGCGUGCUUGGCAUCAAGGAUGUUAUCCACAAACAGAAACUCACCCUCAAGGCCAUGGAUGUUGUGCUCUUUGGGCCACCAAAACAUCACAACUACGUCAAGGAUGUGCUGUUAGUGCUGUCGCUGGUGAUUGCCAUAGGUGGCUGCUGGUUUGCAUACGUGCAGCACAACUACUCUCAGCGCCAUCUGAAGAAGAUGAUGAAGGACAUGGACAGCCUGCAGAGAGCUGAGGAGCAGCUGUCCGAGCUGCAGAGAGAGUUGGACAAAGCCAAGAUGGAACAGGAAACUGCAGUCAUAUUAAAGCAGAGAUUGGAGGAUGAAAUCCUUGCUGCCAAGCAAGAACGAGAGUUGUGGAGCUCGGCGGACCCUGAGCAGACGCGGACCAUUGUAGAGUGCCUGCAGGAGGAAGUGCGGACGUUGCGGGAGCAGCUGGCCACGGCACAGGCGGCACUGAGCUCGGCAAUGAGGUCUGGAAGUACAGGUGCCUGGAUGCCCCCACCGUCCUUGCAGCACUGGCUGCAGCUGACGCACGAGCUGGAAUUGCGCCACUACAACGCCAAGAAGACAGCCGCCGAGAAGCAGCUUCUGGCAGCUAAGGAAGGGUGUGAAAAACUUCGCAAGAAACGUGGGAGCUUCAUGGGGUCUUUUCGCAUUGCGCAUGGGAGUUCCAUCGACGACAUCGACAACCGAAUCCUUCAGGCCAAGGCUGCAUUGUCGGAGGUGACGAAGGACCUGCAGGAGCGGCUGCAACGCUGGAAGCAGAUAGAGCGACUCUGUGGCUUCUCUAUUGUCAACAACCAGGGGCUGGGCUCACUGGAGACAAUGCUACGAGGUUCUUUCCUCAAUGGCAGUGCUGCCUCCUCUUUGCCCCACUCCUAUUCCGUUGGUGCGUUUGGCACUUACUGUGGCAGUCUCAGACAGGGCAAGAAAAUGACCCGUUCAGGCAGCGAAGGUACGUUGGCCGAGGAAGAAUCUCCUUUUGGGAUCAGCGCUGUGCAGCAACUGGUGCACAAUUCGGCUGCUCUGUUUCUUGCCUCUGUGCCACCGGCUUGCGACCUCACCAAGUGCACGCUGGCCGCAGCUGCGGGCUUCCCUCCUUUCCGUGUCGUGCCUCUUAACAGCACUAACCUCCCUCAGUCUGCUGCUGCCACUGUCUCAACCACCGCUAGCGCCACUGUGCCCGCUUCUGUGGCCAGCCUCAAUGGCUCGGUGUCAAGCGGGACGUCGCUGCUGAGUUUGAGGUGCCCCGAACGGCCCAGCACGCUGCCAAUUGGUGCUGCCAAGUCCAAUGGGGCCUCAUCCCAAAGGCUAGCUCUCCUGGAUGAGACUGACGAUGACACAGAAGAGUUCACUGACUCUUCUCUGCCCACAGUACUGUCGGUGGGAACCCCUGCGCCCAGCGCUGUGUCUUUCGUGGUCGGGGACAGCAGGUUAGCAAUGAUAUUUAGAAGCCCACCAGAACCUCCACAGCUUGUUCGACCGAAGAGCAGCCAGCUGCUGAACAAAGCAGUGAGUGCAGACGACGCACCACCUCGCCGGAUCCUGACAUCCACUGAGCUCAUGGUGCAGACUGAGCCGUCUUCGCCGACGACGCCAGAGAGUGCAGGCCCCACCACCACCUCCGAACCACUGCUUCUUCCGCGGCCGCCGCUGACGUCAAUGUCAUCCAUAGAGAGACGCAAGAAAGCGGGCAACAUUUUGGUGGCUGCUCUGAAGGGAAACUUUUCCGGCGCCGUCGUUGAUGAAGAAAACUCAACAGACUCUAACUCUACAGCAGACGAUGACAGUUUGAAAGAAAAGAAAAAAGCCAAGGCGUCCUCCAUCUUCCAGCCACUCAAGAAGAAGAAGCCGAAAGCAUUGUGACUCUGUGCAAGAGAAGACCCGCCUUGUUUUCUUGUAUUCCUGACUUGGUGCCACGCCCAGAGGCUCAUUUCGCAGUCGGCUAGUGUCGGCAGUGGUCCUUUCUUUUGUUUGUUUGUUCUCUUUCCUUUUCUGGUAUGCUUCUGAGCACGAAGUGCUUGACAGGAUAUUGGACGGGCUUGCGCCAUUUUUUGUCUCCCCCUGCAUUUCAUUAGCAGGCCAACAUGGCUCUGUCAACACCUGAGCUUAAAUUUUUGUUAAUAGGCAGGCGAUUUGAAGCACCUUGAGGGAGCUAGAAUUAUCUCCCUGUGGUUGGGAAAGUUACUGUGUAUUGUAGUGCACUUCAUUACUGUUUCUUCUUCCUUUUCUCUGUCUCUUUUUCCAUCUUUUAAAGCAACUCAAGCUGUUCAAGGCACAAUGAGAAUGAAUGAACCUCUUCUUCUUUUUUUUAAAUCGGCUAUCAUAGUUCAUUACCUUGCAGUUGUACACAUCAGAGUGGCUUUCACCUGUGUUGGAUCUCUUCCUCUUUGGACUUGUUUUUGAGAGAUGGUUUCCUCUGUUACCAUAUACGUGUGUCUGCACUUCUUGAUGGCACAGUUUUUUGUUGUUGUUCUUUCCUUUCUUUUUUGGUAAUGGCUGCUUGUUGAGCAGGAGAAGAGGAAGUGUGUGGUACGUCAAGAACUGUAUUUUUCUAACUUAUAUUUUUGGUAUGGCACAUGGACUAUUAUUUCUGCCGGAAGCCAUCACCCAGAAAUGUGUCGGCAGGCAUAUUUAGUGAUUCACUUUGCAUGUCCAUUCAUUUUCUGUAUCCUUGUUGGUGACCUGUUAUUGUCCUUUUGGAUGUCAAGAGGAUUGGCUGUCCUUCAGUAUUGUCACUUGUAAGCAAUUUUGAUGGGCUUUUGCUCCAUAACUAAAUCAGAAUAAAUGCUCUAACAAAGCGCCUUUUUUUUUUUAUCGCUACUAGUAUUUGCAAGCUUGUCGGAGUGCUGCUGGCAAUUUUUUUUAACUGUUUUGUCCUUAGACUUUUUUUUUUCCUAUGUGUCAAAUUGCAAUGAAAUCUUUUAUUGUGAUUUUUCUUGGUGAGAAUUGUCACUGUGCAGUUAGUGGUAACCUUUCUUACUGGGUGUUUCUUUUAAGCUGAGCUUCUGGAGAUUACCAACUGAGUUAGGUUCAUGAUGAACGUCCCUGAUGAAGUAUUCAAGUUGAAAUUUUAAUGUGAUUCCAGCAGUGGGAUGCUGUGGACAUGAUUAGGUAUGAGCACCAAUUCUAUGUCUGCAAGGGGCUCAUGAUGAUUGUGGAAUCAACAUUUGUCGUCGUGAAUAGUCUUCUUUUUAAUGAAGUCCAGCUUUAUUAGCUCAUAGAUGGGCCGUUCGGAGUUGUUAAGUUUAACCGUUUUCAAAAUUUAGCCGUGUUGCCAGUUGACUGUAGCUAUGGUGUGCUUUGGUAAUCACUGUAGUAGCUGCUUUAUCUAAAGCUUGUAAAUCUGUAACAUUAUAGCUCGUCUAUCCAGCUGUGAAAAUAUCUCUUGCAUCUUUCACAGGAAGCUUGCCAAGUUUAACCAUUUAAUAGGUGAGCCAUCCAAGCAUAUGGCUAACCAGUGCUUGCUAUAAAAGGGGAGUGAAAGACCAAUGUGUGUAACUGUUGCCCAACUUCCGCAAGAUUUUGUCAUAAAUGUCAAAUAUCAGUAACCAGUGUAUUUUGUAUUGUGUGUGUGUCCUUGGUAACAGUUCCAUCAUGUAGAGUUCUUUGGAGAGUUUUAUUUUUUUCAAUUUUGGAUGUUGGCCACUUGGGCCGCGACCCUGUAAUCUUUUGUGAGUGCUUGUGUGUAACCUGUUAUGUGAGUUGGCCAUGUCGCACCCACCCUUUCCUUUGCUUCAAGCCCGUCAAAUGGACACUGUGCUUUAGAAGUUGGGGAUGAGCGUUGCUGCACCUGGUGUGUGGUGCUUGAUGCACUGCUUCACGAUCUGUGAUAUCGGCUGAGGGAUCUCUCGCUAGGGGCUUCGUGACGUACGCAAUACGGUGCACAUGUUGCGACUUCAUGGAUUAUUAUGCAUGCGUGGAUCUGAACCACCCUCGCGACUCCUUCAGAGAGAACAAUACAUACUAUAUACUAUCACGCACGUUGCUUCAAAGAAGCUGUGGGCUCUUUAGGAGUACUCUAUACUCGUCGUUUCGCUUGUCACCUGACCGCAAUUGCAUUUCACUUAUGCAUAUGGGAAUCCUGCAGUUCUUUAAUGUGCUUUAAGCUGCAAGGAAAGUAAUACCUGGUCAGAGCACAGUUUUGUUUAUUUUGGCAUUUAUUUGACAUUGGCAUUUAAAGAAAAUGUUGGUAGAAGAGUGCUACAAUUUUUACAGGCUACUACAAGAUCUGGUUCACAUGAGUCUUGCAGUGGGGUAUGCACAAGAUCUGCUGGUUUGCAUUUGUGUUUUUACUUUGUUGCUGGGCGGUUGUUGGCUUGUAACAUUCUUAAUCAUGAACAUCUGCAGUGAAUCUGUUAUGUUCUAGCUUUCAGCGAUAACUUUCUAGGGCAGUUAUUAAGCACUGGGGCCAGCACUUUAUCAGUAAAUAUUGAGGCCACAUGCACUCUUGCCCCAGACCAUCACUUCUGUGUUUUGUUGCUUGAACAGUGCAUGAUUGUAGCAUAGCUGAGAUCAGGCGUCACUGUUUUUGUUGCUUGCCCAAUGGCUGUCUUUGUUCUGAAUAUUGGUCAUCGCCUUAAACGAUUUACUGGUCUUAAUUGAGCAGAUACAUGAAAAUCAGUUUGCCCUUAAUUUCAGCAUGGGAGUUUCAUUGAACAUAUGUGAAACAGUGCCCACUGCCUGAAGGAGCAGCCGAAAUGUGUUUCAUGUGGUCACUAUUUCAGACACUGUACAGGGUCCUAUAAUACGAAAGGGAACACCUAGUUUGUAGUCUAGCCAAGAUAAUUGCACAACUUUCACGUCAGACCUUGCUCACUUGUACUACCUAAGCGGCUCCUUUCUCAAGUAAUUUGCUCCCUUGUUCUUCCUUUCACUUCAGUACAAAAAUAAGAACAACCUAUGGCCUUGACUGCAAAUGGGGUGUUCCCUUUCAUAUUGACACCCACGUGUAUCUUGAGGGCUGCCCCGUGCUCACGUUUGUCAACUCGAACUAUAAAGAAAGGAAGCCUAAUCAAUUUGCUAUUUUCUGGCACAUCAGGUGCUCUUGCAUAAUAAGUAUUGUUGUACAGAAAUCCACACUUAUAUCUAGAGCACCGGAGUGAUGCACAUCUGGACAAAGAAAACGAUAUUUGAGUGAAGCUGUGUGCGUGGGCAGCAAGAUAGAUGCACAAGCUAUGUAUCUGAUGCCUGGUACCUCGGAACUCUGCAGCUGCUAUCUCUGUGUGUUUUCUUCUGCUUGUAAUAGUGCUGCUUGAGCACUCUAGACAAAAGUGUGGAUAGCUGGCAGCUGAGUCAAAAGCUUGUGCAGUCUGUCUAUCGGCCUACUUGCCAUGCCAACCUCAGGCUCGUAAAGCUAUGUUUGCUCCUUUACAGCAAAAGCCUUAGUCUUCUCGGUGACAUGUGGUGUGCUGUAUUUGUCCUGCAUAGAACUUGUUUCAAAUGACUCUUCCCAUGGCCAGCAAUCUUCAGAGCAAUCACACAGGGUGAGGGGAAAGGCAGUUGUCAUGUGAACUUUUAUGUGUUUAUGCGGUGUGCUGUUUUGUCGCCAAAUGGAGAAUGACUGGUGGAAUCGAAUUAUGUGCCGCUGCGAAAUAAAAUAAACCCUUUGUUUUUUCCA